AUGGAAGCUGCUGUAGCAUCUGGGUUGUUGAAGGUUGCAGGCAACAAGCUAAUUUCACUGAUAGGCAGCGAGUUUGCUGCCAUGGCUUGUGUGGACAAAGACCUAUCUGAGCUCCAUGAUAUACAUGGUGAAAUUACAAGCUGGCUGUCAACAGUUCGUGAUGGAUCAAUAGAGCCUAAUGGUGACAAGCAUGGUAUAUUUGACAGGUUACGUGAAAAACCAAAAUCCUUUGUGUUCCGCGGCAAGAUGGCCCAUAGGAUCAAGGAUAUCAAGGCGGAAUAUAAUGAUAUUUUGGGGCAAAGAAGGGAUGCCAAUGCCAUACGCAAUAAUUUACAAGUGGAUCAUCCUAUGCAGAAGAGUAACAAGAUAAUUGGGGAGGCGUCCAUGUUGAGCAACGUUGAAGAGUCAAAAAUAGCUAUCAGGGAUCGGGAGAAGGAUAAAAUUGUAUCUAAGCUUCUAGACUCUAAUGAGGAAGAGAAUUUUUGGAUAGUUUCUAUCGUCGGGCUAGGUGGGUCUGGCAAAACUACUAUGGCAAAACAUAUUUGCCAUGUCUAUGAGAUAAAGGAACUAUUUAAAAAUAGAAUUUUCUGGGUCCAUGUGUCGGAAGAGUUUGAUGUGCAAAAGCUCAUCGGCAAGCUAUAUGAAACUAUCACUGGCAAAAAGCCAGAUUAUCAACCCCAGCAGCAGAUGGUCCUGGAAAUUUCCGAAGAGUUAUCUGGUAAUAAGUUCCUUCUUGUUCUCGACGCUUGGCACACGGAUAGGUAUGAGUGGGGACAAUUCAUGGUGCAUCUACAGGAUCGUUCACCUGGAAGCAGGAUUUUGCUAACUACUCGUGAUCAAAAGGUUGCAGAAGCAGUAGAAUGCAAACAUAUACACGACUUGGUGUUUUUAUCAGAUUCUGACAGUUGGAGCUUGUUCCUAAAGAGUUCUGGGUUGGUGGAGAAUGAUUUGGGAUCAGAUUUUACACAGGUCGGAAAAGAUAUUUUGAAGAGAUGUGGUGGGGUACCACUAGCAAUCAGAACUAUUGCAGGUGUCCUCCGUGAAAAGACGGAGAUAGGCACUUGGAGAGCCAUAAGAGGGAGUGAAUUGUGGAAUGUUGAGAGUAUAACUGACAGAGUGUUUGCAUCCUUAAAAUUGAGUUACAUUCACUUGGCAGAUGAACUAAAGCAGUGCUUUACAUUCUGCUCCAUAUUUCCAAAAGGCUGUUUGAUCAACAAAGACCACUUGGCUGCACAAUGGAUGGCACAUGGAUUCAUCAUGCCAAUGAAGGAAGAGCACCCAGAAGAUAUCGCAAGUGAAUAUUUCGAUUCUCUUGUGAAAGCUGGGUUCUUUCUUCGAGAUACAGAAGAAAGCUUUGAUUUUAUAUCUGUCUACAAGAUGCAUGACCUGAUUCAUGAUCGUGCUCAAUAUUGUGAAAAUAAUAAAGUGGUGACAUCUCUAGCAAGGAAUAUGAUUACAAAUCAAACACACACAUGUAGAUAUUUGUCUUUGACAUCAGAAACUGAGAAGGUUAAGAGGGGCUUACUUGACAAGGUUCGUGCUCUAUAUAUGUCUGAUGGUAACAUAUCAUUUGAUAAACCAGUUAAGAAGAGUUGCUAUGUCCGCAGUGUAGUUUUGGACAGUAAAAACUUGACUCCUUUUCCACCAUUCUUAUUGAAGUUUGAAUAUCUUGGAUAUCUUGAAAUCUGCAAUGUUGAAUGCAAAAAAAUUCCAGAAGCAAUCUCAGGCUGUUGGAACUUGCAGUCACUUCAUUUUAUUAGAUACAAUGGAUUUGUGAUGUUACCUGAGUGUAUUGGCAAGCUUAAGAAGCUAAGAACUCUAGAGCUGGAUAUAGUUGAUGAUCUUGAGGGUUUGCCUCAGUCCAUUGGUGAUUGUCAAGAUCUUCAAUCCUUGAAAAUAGAUUGCUGUGACAACCUUCAAGGCAUACCGGCUUCAAUAGGCAAAAUUGAGAACCUAAGGAUGCUUCAUAUUACAUCGUGUUCAGCUCUGCGAAAACUACCGUCUAAACCCUGUGAGCACAAUCUAACACAAAAAGACUAUGGCAAGUAUUUAUGCCAAACAAUAUGAACUGAACCAACAAGAAUUCAUC